AUGAAUUUCCUAGUCCUACCCAAGGUCACGGUCAAUCUUCCUACAGCAACGGUAAAUACCAAAGGUUGGUCCAUCCCAAAUGGAAUUAAGUUGGCGGAUCCUGCAUUCUUCGAAUCCAAGGCGGUGGACCUGGUUCUUGGCAUUGAGGCAUUUUUUGAAUUUUUUGAAUCUGGAAAAAGAGAAACAUUAGGAGAAAAUUUACCAAUACUCACCGAAUCCGUUUUUGGGUGGAUAGUGUGUGGAGGAUUAUCCGUUCCAAACCAUGGCAUCCACAUCAACUGCAACGUUUCUGCUUCCGAAAAACUGGACGAUUUAAUUGCUCGAUUUUGGUUCUGCGAGGAAAUUGGAUCAACGAAAUAUUCACCGGAAGAAACACGCUGUGAACUAUUUUACCAGCAGACUGUUCGGCGAGAAGCAAAUGGACGGUACAUAGUGUCACUACCGAAAGAUGAAGGCGUUUAUCCACGGUUGGGCGAGUCAAGGGACAUCGCAUUCCGGCGUCUUCAGGGAAUUGAGAGGAGGUUGGCUCGAGAUUCCACAUUAAAAGAUGAAUAUACCGCAUUCAUGCAAGAAUACCUGGAGCUAGGUCAUAUGAGGAAAAUUAACGCUGAUGAGCGUGAUAGUGUGAAGAGAUGUUAUUUGCCACAUCACCCGGUUAUAAAGGAAACCAGCACAACUACCAAAGUGCGUGUCGUCUUCGAUGCUUCCUGUAAGACGUCCACAGGUGUAUCUCUGAACGAUGUACUACUGACAGGGCCGGUGGUACAAGAUGAUUUAAGAUCAAUAAUUCUGCGUAGUCGAACUUACCAAAUUAUGCUUGUAUCCGACAUAGAGAAAAUGUUCAGACAAGUUAAUGUGUGUCCUAUGGAUAGAACGUUGCAGAGCAUUUUAUGGCGUUUUCCACACGAGGAUUCCGUUGGUACAUAUGAGUUGAACACCGUUACCUACGGAACAAAACCCGCACCUUUCUUGGCUUCUCGAACGUUGAAAGAAUUGGCAAUGAAUGAGGAGCAAAACUUUCCACUGGCAGCCAAAUCUAUAAUAGAGGACACAUAUGUCGAUGACAUCAUCACAGGAGCAAACAACAUAGACAGCAUAAAUAAUUUAAAAACACAGCUUAAUCAAAUUAUGGAUCGAGGCGGAUUCAAACUACGGAAAUGGGCAUGCAAUCGAUCAGAAGUUCUGGAAGGAAUUCCCAAAGAAAACCUAGCACUGUGCGACUCAGUCGAAUUCAAAAUGGAAACAGAUCGUUCUAUAAAGGCCUUAGGAUUGGCCUGGAUCCCAAAGGGGGAUAAAUUAAUUUUCCAGUUCAACAUUCCAUCUCCAACAACGAUCAAGCAGCUCACCAAACGCCAAAUACUGUCCGUCAUUGCAUCGUUGUUUGAUCCACUAGGGCUAUUAGGAGCUACGAUUACUGCAGCCAAGAUCAUUAUGCAGCUGCUAUGGUCAUUAAAAGACGCAAAUAACAAAGGUCUAGAUUGGGAUCAACCUGUACCAUCGAAAGUUGCAGAGAUGUGGUUGAAGUAUCAUGUGGAGCUUCCAUCAUUGAAUGAAAUACAAAUAGAUCGAUGCGUGGUCAUCCCCGAUGCAACCAUGAUAGAAAUUCAUUGCUUUUCGGAUGCCUCAGAGAAGGCAUAUGGUGCAUGUUUAUAUAUUCGAAGCCAGAAUGUAAACGGGAAAAUUCAAGCCCGGCUUCUCACUUCCAAAUCCAAGGUGGCGCCAUUAAAAUGCCAGACGAUUCCCAGACUCGAGCUGUGUGGUGCACUUUUGGCAGUACAACUGUACGAGAAGGUACGCGAAUCAACGCGAUUUAAAUCAAAAGGUUAUUUUUGGACGGACUCCACAUGUGUACUGCGUUGGAUAAGAGCAACUCCAACGACAUGGACCACCUUCGUGGCCAAUAGAGUGGCAAAAAUACAAGCUGUUUCUGAAGGUUGUCAAUGGAAACAUGUUCCAGGUAUCAACAAUCCAGCAGAUAUGAUUUCCAGAGGAAUUUCACCCCAUGAAAUCACAAUGUCCAAGAUUUGGUGGCAUGGACCAAGAUGGUUGGAACAAGAAGAAUGUACCUGGCCCGAUUUCAACUUAAACAGCAUUGCUGAACUAGAAGAGGAACUACGUCCUAGAAAAAUCACGAGUAACACCAGUUCCGCAAUCAAGGAGUUCAGUGAGUGGUACAUUGAAAAAUUUUCCACUUACACUAAAUUAAUAAGAAGCACCGCAUAUUGGCUGAGGUUGAUCAAUCGUCUUCAAUCAACAUGCAAGACUAAGGAGCCAAACACAUUCCUUACCACUGCAGAGCUACGACAAGCAGAAAACACAAUAAUUCGUCGAGUUCAUCAGGAAACGUUCAUUGAUGAGUGGAAGAGCCUAUCCAAAGGAGAACCGGUGUCGAGAAAAUCAGCGUUGCGUUGGUAUAAUCCAUACAUCUGCAAAGAAAAUUUGAUUAGAAUAGGAGGUAGACUAUCGAAUUCGAACGAAACAGAGGAUACAAAACAUCCAGCGGUGUUGCCGGCUCGACACGUAUUUACUCUUGUUGUUGGGAACAGUCAGGUUGAAAUUUUGGCCAUUAGGAAGAAGGAGUGUCGCCCGAAAUGUAGUUCACCAAUGCUUGAAAUGUUUUCGAGCAAAGCCAUCAACAGUCCGUCAGUUUAUGGGGGAACUGCCAGCAGCACGCGUCACGCCAUCUCGUCCAUUCCUGAAUACCGGAGUUGA